AUGAGCACUCCCAUCCAGCUUGGUCGGGUCAGCUCCUUAUUUGCCCACAUUAAGGAGGACUGGUGGAAAGACUCUCAUGAUGAGACCUAUCUCUGGUCUAAUGGAGACUGCGUCGAAGUCCCUGCCAUAACCGAAGCCGAAUGUGAUUCUUUGGUUUGCAUCGCGAAGAUCUGGGAGCUCCUCCAAGGCUCAACCUCCACGUCUUCUACAAAAGUCCUGGACCUCUGCUGUGGACAGGGCCGGCAUAGCAUCUGCCUCGCGAAACGAUUCCCGUCAGUCCAGUUCCACGGAAUCGACCAAAGCAGAUAUCUUGUCAACAUAGCCCAGCAACGGGCGAAAGCAGAAAAAGUCGACAGCAACACCAAGUUUGAGCUGGGGGACGCCCGCAGUAUCCCUACUUCAAACGACGGCUUCGACGUCGUGCUCAUAAUGGGGAACUCCUUCGGUUAUGGUCGCAGUGAGGAUAAUCAGCAUAUUCUAAACGAGGUUCAUCGCGUCUUAAAACCUGGAGGGAUUUUCGUGAUGGACUACGUGGAUGGGGAGUGGAUGAGGUCUAACUUCUCUCCAAGCGGGUGGGAAUGGCUUGAUGGUGGUCCGGUAUCACCAACCACUGCCCAUAAAAAGCUGGUGGCGCUCCGCGAACCAGAGCUGUCUCCGGAUAACAAACAUCUAGCCAGUCGAGAGAUCAUCAUUGACCUUGCAGGCCCCACUGUGCAUCAGGAUCUCUUUUACUCCGUCCAGCUAUACAGCCUAGCCGAGAUGGAAGAGCUUCUUGCGACGGCAGGGUUGUCCAUGCAGGACCAGGAUUGUGCGGUCAUCACUGGCACAAAGCGUGAAGGGCCCGCGGACCUUGGCAUGAUGGAGCACAGACAGUUGGUGAUUGCACAGAAGCCGCAGCUGCUACCGAAUGAGACCCUCGAUCCUCAGGAUGCAGACACUUUCAUCCAUCCUCAUCUGUUUCCGAGCUUUGAUCCGCACAAAGGUAGGAUUUUGCGAGUGUCUGCGCCUGUUCCAGCAGGCACGAUAGUUUUUGCAGAUGCGCCGUACGCCCUGGUACCCGCCAUCGACCCUGCGAGCAAGGACGCCCUGCUGUGCAGUAAUCUAAUGUGCCGCCGGCGAGUUCCACAGGAUACCCAGUAUGUCAGUUGCCCAAACAGUUGCAUCCGAGAGGUUGUCUGGUGCAAUCCGAAUUGCCGCAGCAGGGACCAGGCACGUCAUGAUUUCGAGUGCGCAUGGUUAAAAGAGCACGGAGCAGUGCUUCGUCAAAAAGAAGGCGAAUAUGACUUUACUAUGCUUUGGAUCGUCGUGCGGUUGCUUGCCGGGCGGCAGUUGGAGGUGGACUCCAGUUGCAAGCCUCGCCAACGGUAUCCCUGGGACGAUCGGUUCAAGCGUGGAUGGCAAGCAAUCGAUGAUCUUUGCUCGAAUCGCGAUUUAUGGCCAGACUCUAAAAUUCAGCACUGGAAGUACUUGAUCCGAGCCUACUUCAACCACCAGCCAGCUUUUCCGCCGGCUGACGAGCUGCUGACUCUGAUUUGCAAAGAAGAGCUUAACUUCUUUGGCCUUCACCCGGGAGUGACGGGGGCUAUACCCCCUAGUCCCCAGGUACGGCGUGGCCCUCAUUACGGACUUGGCGGUUAUCCCAGAGCGGCAAUCGUCAGCCAUUCCUGUAUUCCAAAUCUCAAACGUGUGGUGGAUGAUCACGGACGAAUCAUUGCUAUUGCGAACCGGGAUAUUGCUGCCAACGAGGAGUGCUCGAUUGCUUACUUCGAUCUAGCAGAACAUGUUGAUCUUGAAGAUAGGCAGAGGUUGACUCCUAUUGAUCCAGCUAUUGAUCCAGCUAUUGAUCCAGCUAUUGAUCCAGCUAUUGAUCCAGCUAUUGAUCCAGCUAUUGAUCCAGCUAUUGAUCCAGCUAUUGAUCCAGCUAUUGAUCCAGCUAUUGAUCCAGCUAUUGAUCCAGCUGUUGAGCCCGUUGAUACGGUUGUUGCAGGCGAGGAGAUUACUGCAAAAAUGAAAGAGCUUGUCCUCAGCCAAUUCCUCAAUCCGAAGUAUAGCGAUUUAUGUGUCAUAUGUGGUGAUGAAGUCUUCCCAGCUCACCGGAACAUUGUCUGUCCUCAAUCAACGUACUUUGAAAUCGCCUGUGAUGGUCGAUUUAAGGAAGGUAACGGAGAGAUAAGGCUCGACGAUGGAGACCCUAUGCUCAUCAGGAAGAUGCUUGAAUUUUUGUACACAGGCGACUACACUUAUGAAGCAAGGGGCGACUUGAAUUUUCCACAAACGGACCUAGCUACAGAUCUCCAGGCAGAUGCAGGGACAGAAGUAUUCUCACACUCACAAGGGAAUACCAGCAGUGCAAACCCACGAAUUGGUCAGGCCUUUUUCCACGCCCAAAUGUACGCACAAGGUGCCUAUUUUCAAAUAGACGGGUUGAAAAUCAGGGCGAAGGAGUACUUCAAGACGUCCUUCAUGAAAUUCCCUGACCGAGAGUCAUUCAACUCUGCCGUUCGUGAAGUGUACGACUCAACAGGAGGCUCUGACCGAGGACUCAGGGACCUUGUGGUCCAGAUGACCACGGAUAACCUUCUGCUUCUGCGGGCUAACGAGAAUCCCAUAUUGGACGGCGCCCUUUUGGAAAUGGUUCCCAACUUCAUGUUAGACAUUUGUCUUUCCGCCUUGGACAGGUGCGCUAAGCACCAAAGGGAACAUAAGGAAUGGUGUUACUACAAGGAGCUUGUAGAGUCUCCUGCAUAUGAAUUCUGA